AUGCAGCACCCGCUGGAAUUGGGCGCCGCGCGCUACUUCCCGGCCGAAGCCUUCCCCGACCACCGCUCCCAUCGCUACCGCAGCUUCAUGAUCGAGGAGAUCCUCACCGACCCCCCGGACGCCAAGGGGGCCGCGCCGGCAGGAGAGCUGCUCAAGUUCGGGGUGCAGGCGCUUCUCUCCGCCCGGCCCUACCACAACCACCUCGCGGUGCUGAAGGCGGAGCCGGCAGCCGUGUUUAAGUUCCCGCUGGCUCCCCUGGGCUGCUCUGGGCUGGGCUCGGCGCUGCUGGCCGCCGGCUCGGGGCUGCAGGGCGGAUCCGCCUCGCCGCAUCUCCCGCUGGAGCUGCACCUCCGCGGGAAGCUGGAGCCGGGGCCCCCGGAGCCGGGCAAGGCCAAGAAGGGCCGCCGCAGCCGCACCGUCUUCACCGAGCUGCAGCUCAUGGGGCUGGAGAAGCGUUUCGAGAAGCAGAAAUACCUCUCCACGCCCGACAGAAUAGACCUGGCCGAAUCGCUGGGGCUCAGCCAGCUCCAGGUGAAAACCUGGUACCAGAACAGGCGCAUGAAAUGGAAGAAAAUAGUGUUGCAGGGGGGCGGCCUGGAGUCCCCCACCAAACCCAAGGGCCGCCCGAAGAAAAACUCGAUCCCCAGCAGCGAGCAGCUCUCGGAGCAGGAGCGCGCCCGGGACGCCGAGAAGCCGCCCGAGAGCCUGGGCUCGCCGGCCGAGGUCAGCCAGGAGGAGUGA